UAUGACACGACGUACCAUUUUAUUUGGUAGUAUUUUUUUCCAAAAUAAUGGAUGUGUCAUUUGACUAUAUUCUUCAGAGUAUGUUUGUAACAUGACUCUUCUCUGGGUAUGCCACGUUUAUUUCUCCUAGGUAGUGACAGCAACAUGGAGGAAGUCAUGAGCAGGCUGCAGACCCUGAACCCAGAUCAGCUACGACAGGAGAUUAUCGGGGCAGGGCUGAAGUGUGGCGUCCUUACCACCACUACAAGAGCCAUCUUUGAGAGGAAGCUGGCCAGAUCCCUCCUGGAGAAGCAGGGAGGGGAUGGAGGGAUGUCUGGUGGAGGUAGAUCCUCCAAUGCAGAGUCUAAUAGACCCUUAACAGAUACAGUAGAAGCGGACCACAAUCUGGAACUCAAAUCAUCAGCAGAGGAGGGCAAAGAGACAGAGGAAUUGGAUGAACCAGAAUCUCCCCUUGUUUACUAUGGUGUAUGUCCUCAUUGGGAGGAGUCAGUGGUCACUGAUGGUAAGACCUAUUUUUGUCCUAUGAAUAAUACAUGAUAGAGAUUGUCUCUGAGUUCAAUGUGUGGUGAAUGACUGUUUUCCCCACUAGACAAAGUCCACGUAUAUGUGGACAGGAAGAAAGCUCUGAGAGCCAUGAUGACAAUGAAAGAGUCAAGGUUUAAGUCCUUCUCAACACGAGAGGAAGCUGAGAAAUUCUCAAAAGGCAUCAAUGAACAUAGCCCAGCUUCAGCCAUCACAACUGCACCAGACGGGCCCCAGGGAGUGCUGGAACCUGUAGUCCACACAGGUGUGUCUGCGUCAUAGCAUGGCUUUAUCUAAUAUAGAGCCACUAUAUAGAUAGAGAGCUAGAUGGAUCAUUCACCUCUUUUGUGUCAUGUAAAAUUAGCAAAAAAAAGGUUGACCAGCAUGCAUACAAUUACACUCUUGUCCUCCCAGGCAGCCCUACCGCAGGGGGGACUUCACCUUUGAACCUGGAGAGGGCUAAUGAGUUCCGCAGCCCCCGCACCCAGGACCUGACAGCCAAGCUGAGAAAGGCAGUGGAGAAGGGGGACAAGGAAGCCUUCAGCAAGCUGGUCUGGGCCAACCCACGCUAUCUUAUCGGAUCGGGAGACAACCCCACCAUCGUGCAUGUAUGUACUCAUGAUAUGAUUCAUGUUUCUAUCAUUUCCAUGGGAGCAGAAUUGUGCUUCACAUACUCUUAUGUGGAAUAACUCCUGUUUGUAGGAAGGAUGCCAUUAUAAUGUCCUGCAUGUGGCGGCCAAAGAGAACCAGUCAGGGAUGGUACAGCUCCUCUUGGACACCCUGGAGAGCCCAGACUUCAUGAGACUCAUGUAUCCUGAUGACCAGGAGGCCAUGCUACACCAACGCAUCCGUUACCUCGUUGACCUGUACCUCAACACACCUGACAAAGCAGUAAGAACUUGCAGUAUAUGAACCGUAACUGUGUAAUACAAUGGUAGUUGGUAGUCAGCACAAUGCACACCCAAAUGAUAGUUUGAUAGUGUUAAAGUGUGUUUAUAAGGUAUUAAUGAGAUGUACUAAAUGUGUGUGAUGUCCCUGCAGAGCAAUGAAACUCCUCUUCACUUUGCCUGUAAGUUUGGCUGUCCAGACGUGGUCAACGUGCUGUGUUCUCAUCCUGCCACUGAUAAACACCGGCAGAACAAGUACAACCAGAAGCCCUCUAGUGUAAGUCACAUUACAGCCAUGAAGAAUCACUUAAUUUAAUAAAGCAUUCAAUUUCUGUUCAGUAAGGUGUAUUGUCCCCUGAAUUUCAUGCCAGAAAAGGCACGAUUUAGAUUACUAAAUACUUUACUUUAUAACUGUUUUUACAGGUGAUAUGUGAGAGGAAAAACAAAACCGCUGACAUAAAGAAAAAGAUCAAGGACUAUUUGGAGGGUAAGUUUAGAUGGUUGCCAAUGCUGGCUAUAACACCUUUUUGUAUGUGCAAAUGCCAACUUGUGAACACAUUAGUAACUUUGACCCUUUUCUGACACAGAACGGUGCUAUGUUCCCUUGCUGAGGGAUACAGACAACAGCUUCCAGCCUGUGAUUGGUUUGCCAUGGUCACCAAGCCCACUCGAGGUGGAUUUUCAUUCGCUGGGAUCAGGAGUGGCUGGGAGUCCCAUAGACCCAGUCAUGACUGUGAGAGCAUAUGUGGGUCCCCUCAGUCCCUCAAAGGUAAUCUCAAUACCUUGGAGUAUUGUACAAUGAAAAACUCAAUCUAUAGAGGCUCAUAGGCCUUUGUCUCUAAACCCAAUAAACCCGUUUUCUGUAUUGGUCUUACAGGCAGAUGAGUUCCAUAGACUAUGGAGAACUCCACCCAGGGAUCGAGCAGAGUAUUUCCACCGUAUUCUCAAAUCUGACCCUGACAGGGGUGCAGAGCGUGUGGGGAGGUGAGUGAACAGUGGACCUGUGACCUUUAUUAAAGGUCCAAUGCAGCCGUUCUUUAUCUCAAUAUCAAAUCAUUCUGGGAAACAUUUAAGUACCUUACUGUGAUUUGUUUUCAAUUAAAAUGGUUCCACCAUUCCACCAAAACAGGUUGAAAUUUCAUGGGGUCUUUUCAAACAGCUCUUACACUAAAAGGGCAUUAUCAUAAAUUUCACAAUAUUAUUCCAACCGUAUAGUGUGGAAAUACACUGAGUGUACAAAACAUUAGGAACACUGCUAUUUCCAUGACAUAGACUGACCAGGUGAAAGCUAUGAUCCCUAAUUGAUGUAACUUGUUAAAUCCACUUCAAUCAGGGGAGGGGAGGAGACCGGUUAAAGGAUUUUAAAGCUUGAGAUAAUUGAGACAUGGAUUGUGUAUGUGUGCCAUUCAGUGGGUGAAUGGGCAAGACAAAAUAUUUUUAAGUGCCUUUGAACAGGGUAUGGUAGUAGGUGCCAGGCACACCGGUUGAGUGUGUCAAGAACUGCAACGCUGCUGGGUUUUUCACGCUCAACAGUUUCUCGUGUGUAUCAAAAAUGGUCCACCGCACAAAGGACAUCCAGCCAACUUGACACAACUUUGGGAAGCAUUGGAGUCAACAUGGGCCAGCAUCCCUGUGGAACACUUUCGACACGAGUCCAUGCCCUGACAAAUUGAGGCUGUACUGAGGGCAAAAGGACAUGCAACUCAAUAUUAGGAAGGUGCUCCUAAUGUUUUGUACACUCAGUGUAUAUGUAAAACAUAGGAAAAUAUAGUUUUUGACUGCACUGGGCCUUUCAUAGGCUAAACUCUAAAGAAACAAACAAGCAGCAUCUUAUCAAGGAACCAUAAUCUUGCUGACGAUAGAUGAAUGUCAUGUCAAGGAAAAAUGUAAUGGCUACCGUUGUAUGGCAGUGGCAUGUUAUCUGAUUGAUCUGAUCUCUCUCAACAGGGAGAUUGCACAUGGCAUGGGGCAUCCUUGGGCAGAGUACUGGGACUUCCUUGAUAGCUUCAUUGACCUGUCUACAGAGGAGGGACUGAAGAGGCUGGAAGAGUAUCUGGAUAGGAAGGACCAAAGUGAGCUUCCCCAAGAAGAAUAUGGGAGGACAGAGGGGACCGGUGGUCGAUUUAAAGCAUCAACACCCUCCAAAGGUAAGCACUUCCAUAGAAAAUCUAGGACCUUACAAACAUGUAUUGUAUGUUAUAACAUAUUAUUUCAUGCUUGAAAUUAUACAGGGAAAUCCAAAAAUAAUCUCAAAUUUAUGUGUUUGCGUCAUUUCAGAGGAGCAGAAAAACCACCACAGCCAUGCGCCGUCUAACCACAUCCUGAAUGACAAGAACUCUGCACCAGUGGAGAAGAGCUCCCAGUCCCCUGUGUGUAACCUCCUGCCAGAGUUUGAGAAAGCCAGCCUAAAGGUAGGCUCUGGCACUGUGGAGGACCCAGAGAAGGCAUGUAUGGCUCCCUCUGUACCUUGGAGAGAAGGCCUGGACCUGGGGGACGGCAGCUUCUGGAGGACCUGGGAGAGGAGCCAGGGGAAGAGGCAGGUGGAGGAGCUCUCUAACCCCAGCUCAGAGGAGUAUCUGACUGCAGACGAGGGCUCAGACCCAGAGGGCCCAGAUGGUCCCAGAGAUGGAAGAGAUAGGAGAGGCUCAGUAUCCUCUAGCGCAUCUUACAAAUCCACGGAAGGAGACACCUCUAAAGACACAAUUCUGACGACUGACACCCCUACAAGACGAAGACAGGAACUGUUCAUGGAUGGGUAAGUCUUUGUUUAUUUAAUGUAGUUUAAGUAAAAGCAAAUGACAUCAGUCAACCUGUCAAAAUGAUCUGCUGCAAUUUAAACUCACACAAUAAAUGUUUGUCUUGGUAACCCAAUGGAAAUGCUAACCAAUGUUCUUUGACUCUUUCUUGCAGGGAAUCUCCCACCAAGUUGGACAGUGAGGUCCUGUCUGCAAUGAAUAACAUGGAGAUAGACCCUGAGAGAUACCCCUGCAUUACUAAGUGGAAGAACACCAUUCUGGCCUAUCCCUCUUCAAAGAGGUUAAGGUGAGCUAGAUACAUAUUCUGUUUCUUUAUGCUAUGUCUGCUGACAGAGCAUAAUCUCGUCUUCGAUACUCCUGAGCGCUGUACUACAAAGCAGGACUAUGGCGUUAACGUGUCUUAAUAUUCUGAUAUAACUUUUUAUUUUGUAGAAAGAUGCGCUUGAAAUGGGCAUGGUCUAAUUGAUUUAACAAACGAAAAAACAUGUUGAAGUUUAGCUUUUUUAAAUGAACCAUAAAAUCAAUGGUAAUUUCUGGCUAACUCAUUGAUCCUGCUUUGUAGUAUACCCCUCAGGUGGUUAAUGCUGCUGAUGUUGUGUAUUUCCAGCUGGCCAAGCCCAAGGAGGAGGAGAAGCUUGACUUGGACACCAAACUGUUCUCCCAGCAUUCACAGCCCAGGCCCCCACACCCAGAGCUGUUACACCCAGACCAUCCUCUGCAGGACCCUCUUCCACUCCCCAAACUGA